AAAGAUAAAAAACAAAACAAAAACCAAAAAAAAAACCCAAAAUGUUAAAAUCCCUCCAAAUAGUUCGAAAGACUUCGUCUGCAUUAACUCUGCUGAGGGAUGUUGUGGCUGCCUUACUGCACUGCUCUUGCCUGGCUGGUGAAUUGCAUAGUUUAAGGGUUCGGAGUCUUAGUGAAAUGGAGAAAUUAGGGAUGAAAUGGCUUUCUUACAUGAAAAUGUCAUUGCUCUUGGAUUUUACAAAGCAAAUUUUUACCCUUAACUAACUUUGUUUGUUCUUUUUCUCUAGUGAGGGAAAUUUAUUUUUUCCCUCUAGUGAGGGAAAAUUUAAGACAAAAAAAAAAAAAAAAAGUGAAAAUAGACUUGAUUAUAUUACCAUGAAAAAGCCCAAUAUUCCUCUUUCGAGGUUAAUGUAGCAGUAGCAUACAGUAGUUCAUAGCAUGUGGUUUUUCCAUAAAGUGUCAUUUCUCCCAUGCAGAAACUUCUUUCUAAUAUCAACAUGCUUUCCUUUGAUUUUUAACUUACAUUAGUUUUAUGACUGAAUGAAAAAUACAGGAUAUGCUGUUUAGAGUGCAGCAUAUCUCCACCUGCUCAUUCCUUCCCAGCCCUCCCACUCCCAAAAAAGGAUCCCUCCAUCCCAAACAGAGCACUCCCAGGCAGGAGUUACAUGGCUGUGUGCCUUACUCCUGUAUGGAAGCCUUUAAAACUGCUGCAUGUGGACAUGAGAAACCAAGCACAGACCGUGUGCUACCACUCUUAAACUGAUAGCUGUCCUUAGCAGAACUGUGUGGGGAAGUGUCUGAAAUACUGCAAAGCUCUGCACUUUCCUUAGUUCACAUUUCUGUUAUCCCAGACUCAUUUCCAGCUUUAAAAAUUUUCUCACAAAUAUUACACUUGUUGACUGAUUUGAAUGUUCUUUAUUUUUGGGAGUGGGGGACAGGCGAGAAAGGGAUAAAUUAAUCUAAACCUGGAACUCAAUAUAUGGCAAUCUGAAAAUAUAUGAAGAAUUAUGAAUGAUGUCCCUUAACAUGAGGUAAAUUGAGGAUAAAAAGCCAAGGAGAAAGCAAGUUUAUCCACUGAGUGGGAAUGGGAACCAUAUGGAAGUCAGCAGAAGCACAGUGCUUGUCAUCCUCCGGAGCCAGGGUUUCAACCCUGCUGCACUGUCUGCAGGAGUCACCCAGCUCUGGGGUAUGACUUCCAGAAAAGCAACAGGAAGGCAGUGGCAUAACAUGGAAUUCCACUUACUGCUCUAAUUCAGGUGGGAAGGAGUGGGGGGCCUCGGUAAAGAGGCUUUGAUCUCUUUGCCCGAACGUAGUGAAGGGAAAACAGUAUGGGGCUCGCAUCCCUCUUUGCCCUUCAUGCUCAUGGUGACUCGGAGAUGCUUUGACAUGGGUCCUGUGUGCACUCCGUGUGCCAGCUGAGUGUUCCCAGACUGGCUACCCAAUUCCCAGUGAGCAAAGUGCAUCAAUGUAGUUUUGCAGAUCACACACACAGAGUACCACUGGGGACACAGUGCUGCCGUACACCUGCAACUUCCCACCUUGGCUCUAGAAAUAGCUGUAUUUUUCAUUAUACAAGCAUCAAUGACAUGUUUGUACAUAUUGUACAGAGUACAAUAAAAAUGCAAUAGUCCCCAUCUUGGUGUUACUGUAGCAGUUUUCCUUUCCCUUGUGGAGGUUAAUACCAAAAACCUGGUUUGCUUGCCACUUCCAAUGACUGCAUAGCUAUGCAGAAAUGUAAGCGGAGAAUCAAUCCACAGAGUUUUAUAAUGCAAAGCUUGUUUCUCAUCAUUAAAAUUGGAUAACUCCAAAAUCAAGCCAAAAAAGUUCCAGUCUUGUUUUAUUUGAGCUUAGGUACUUCUUACACUAUCAGUGCAGUCUUACAGAAAACAAGGAAAUGGGUCCAGUUUGCAUUCAGGCGAUGGAAAACAAGGAAGGGCAUAAUGAAUUGAAUACUAUUCUGGCAGAUCAUUUUUGGCAAUUUUUUUAAAGUCCAAAGGAUAUCAAAAGUCAUGGAUCAUAGCCUAAUUGUGUGGCUCUUUGUCAGGAAAAACUUCCACUGAGGACUUGUGGGAUUUUUUAAUAUGUUUUAUGUGUAAAAAGAUCUGGGUCCACAGCGAAUUUUAUUGUUUUACAGUCAAGACUCACAUAUGUACUUGAUUACAUUUUGACCAGUCAUUAUGUUCUACUAUUAUUAAAAGUAAUAGAAUUAGAUGAAAGAAAACAUAAUAAAGUAGUAAAAUGUAGUGUAGCAAGAAUGGGGUCUUUAGAAAAAGUUGUCAUCUUUGUGUGUGUAAAGAAGGAACGUGGCUGACAUUGUAGAGGACUCCCAUGGAAUUCCCCCUUUCAAAGUGACAAACUGUGCUUUUCUAGGAAGUUAAAAUUCUCACAGGAGAAAGGUUUGGGAAUGAUGUUUCUUCCCAGAAUCCUUCUUCCCCCCCCCAAAAAAAAAAAACAACAAAGGGAAAUAAAUGGAAGAGGUUACGCUGCUGGAAAAACAUCAUUGGGUUAAAUGUAUUUGCUAGAUACAUUCUAAAGAAAGCCAGGAAUCGAUUAUGUCAGUGGAAGGUAAGGACUCCUAAAGUUUUUCUGGGAAUAUGAUUUUUCAAGAAAUAUUUUUGUUAGGUGCCUGAAACUUAGUGCAAGAGUCAGAAGAUGAAAGAGCUAUUCCACAUGGGCAUUUUUUCCUUAAUGCAAAUAUUCCAUUUUUUUCCUGAUGGAGAGCUACGGCAUUCAGAGAAAAGUGUGAAUUCCAUCUGAGGUCAGAUAGGCAGCCUUGAUCUUCUCAGUUUUAUGGUAAUUCUUAAACAGCACCUUCCACUCAUUCAAAGAGGCUAUGCAUGUCUCACCUCCCCAGUGGCUAUCCAGCAAAACUGACUCCAGCUGGGAAACUCCCCGCUUCCAGGUCAGCUGUGAUGUGUUGUUCCUAAGACUGUAAUCUGUACAUAAACAUAACUACAACUUGGAGUCAACAAAACUUCAGUUUGCUCCCUAAAUUUAAACAGAAUUAUGUUGUUCCAGAGGUUACGCUGUGAUGUAUAUUAAAAACCCAACGUCUGCCUCACCGUUUUUCUUUAAGACCCACCUUCCUCAAUGCUUUCAGCUCAUGGAUAAGAAAAGACUAUAGGUUUUUUUGUAUGGGACAGGUCACUGCCAACACUGUGAUGGCUGCAGAGGUAGAUCCUAGUCCUGGAAAGAUAUGUGCGUGUUCUGAACCGUAUUUGUACCGUUGAAAAUUCAUGCGGAUGGGACAAUGCAGGUUUGGGACAUGCAUGGCACACUCCUGCUUCUGGUAUAAAUGUCUCAGAAGACCACUCAGAUUGCAUGUUUAGAAGAGCAUUUACACUAGAAUUGCCUUUUAUUUUUUUCAGUAUAUAGAGAAUGUCUACUAGUUUAGCUUAUUUUAAAAAUUAUGUGAGUGAUCUGAAUUUCUUCUGAUCCCAGUUGCUCAAGCUUUCGCAGUAAAAGAGGAACUUCUUUUAUAUGAAAGGUUUGAUUCCUCGUUGCAUUGCUUCGUUUUUUCCAAUUGUGUCAAGUCACUGAGAACAGUGGAGCAAUUGCAUUAUAAAGCUGGAAUCAUCAGCAGUGGAUUGGCUCCAAAAUAUUUGCAAAAGCAGAGUGAGUUAACUGAAACAUGUAGCGUGGAAAAACUUGCUAAUUCAUUUCAAUUAUAGUAAUUUUAGGAGAUAUUCUUAGGUUUAUUUAGAAAAAAAAAAAAUCACAUGGAUCUUUAAUAUGCUCAUUCAGGCUGAUAAUGUCCUUUAAUAAUCCGUAACAGCUUGAACAGUUUGAAGAGAAAUUAGGAAGCAAUUCUGAGAUCGUGAAGCAGAGUUAUUGAAACCUCCUAUAAUUUGGACAAAUCAGCUACUGAUAUAUUGUUGGGGAUAUCUGGCAAUAACAAUUCUAGACGUAAAGAGAUUCUUUUUUUUUUCUCUAUUGCAUAUUUAGGCUGUUCUGAAGAUAUCCUGUGCCUUUAAAUCACACGUACUUAUUUAAAGGGAUACAAAAAGUGCAGUUUUGCAUCCGCUCCUUGCUUUCUCUUGAGUGAGAGUUAUGGAAGACUAUCCAAAAGCUCAUUUGGGUCACUGGAGAACGUGCCACACUCUUAGAUUGAGAGCCUCAAUUUCCACAUCUCACUGUUUUUAGUCAUUUUAUUUAUAUGAUGGAAAUGUGUGCAUUUUCUCUGUCAUGGUGAAUUUAUUCCUCUUGUCUUCACUAAAAAUCAAGCAAAAAGGUGACAGAGUUUAAUGAGUUAAUAAAAUGUGGCCUUAAUUAGGAAAAUUACCUCCAUAUUUUUCUCAUAACAUGCAACCAAUUUUAAUGACUGGUUACUAUGUGAAAACUUGAAGGAAGAACCUUUUUCAUAGUGGCAGUGAUAUCAAGUUCAGUAAUUUGCACACAGUCACUGAAAGACUUUUUCAAAAUCUCCUUUAACUGGGAAUUGUUACCUGAAUAUAAGUCAGUACAGUCAAAUGCUAAUGAGAUUACAUAUGGGAAACACAUAAAUGCAUGCAAAAUACACUCUUUAUCAUUUGCUGGUGCUUGUACAAAGAAUUCCCAAAGAACUCAGAAUUAUGUAGGAUCUCUGAGACAACUUUUCUUACACCCUCACAAUUGUUCACUAACAUGGAAAUUAAUUUUACAUGUGCCAGACAUAUAAAUGUUUCAAAUCUGUACUGUUAGCAGAGUUCUUUUCUUAAUCUUGUGUGUUGAAUUACAGUGCUUCCUUCAUUUUGCAGACAGGAGCUCUCCAUUGAAAUUUGACUGUAUGCUUAUAAUUGUAUUGUCAGUUCAUGUAGUUAACCAGAAUUUACACUAGAGAAGAGACUGAAUUAACUAAACAUCUCCCUAGGCUUCACAGAAAAUGCUGACUGUGGAAUCAAUGGAGAAGGAAAGGAAUAAAGGGAGAAAAAAAUGAUGCACUUUGUUUAAACAGUUUUAGUUUAAUGCACUUUUUAAAAGAUCUCAAGAGUGUUUUUGAAACAGGAGUGGAAAGACACUGGCAUGCUUAUUAUGACUCUCAGCUCUUAGUUUUCAGAAAGGACCACCCUUCAUCCUUGUAGUUAUUAUUUACAUUGGGCAAUGUGAUGAGGCGGAAAUUAAAAAUAGAAUUAAAAUGAUUCUAAAGUAGAGUAAUUCACGAGAUUGUGAAGUCUAGCAUAUUAAAUUAUAAUAAUAAAGCUAAUUAUCAGCUGCUUGCUGGGAUACUGAACACUUUUAAUUAAAACUAGUUUGUAGGAUGCUAGCAGUUUUCUUCAACUAUUUGCACUGGUUAUGCAAUACAUACUACCUUCUACUCACAUGUAACAGCCUUCCUGUUUUGUGCUUACUUGUUUGUGGGAGGCAAAAGUCGUAUGUGAAGGAAAAAGCCCGUUAAAAAAAGUUAGAUGAUGUCUUUUUUUUUUAAGAAAAGGAAAGUCAAGAUUAAAUUCUUCUGCAGGGCUGUCUUUAUGCUUCCCCUCUCUUGGUUGUUGCUUCAAAGCCAUCAGCUUGAGUGGAUGUGAGAGGCUUGGUUCUAUUAGGUCAAGAUGGACUGAUGCAAUUAGAAAUGCAGCUGUUCUGAUCUGCAGGAAGAUGCAACUCCUAGCAUAAAAACACAAGGGCUGAUGCUGCAGCAUAUGUACCACUCGUUACUUGUUGUUACUGCCCACUCUCUCCCAUCAGAUACGUUAAGUGCCAUAGGUGUUGCGUUCCUGCUGUGUUUUCCAGGCUGCAGCCUGGUUUUGCUUUGUUUAUUCAACUUCUUUGUGUCCUGUAGGUGGUGGAAUCUAGGACCCAUCUUCGGUGCUUUGCAUAAAAGCAAAUGUUGUAAAGUGGGUUGAGGUUUUAUGCUUUUGCUUACUGGUUUGGAUAUUUGUUUUUAAAAGCUAUAUGAAUUGGAGCCAAUGAGAUAUGUCAAAGACCACAAAGAGGAGCUGCGCUCUUGCACGAGCUCCCACGUAGGGCCAGCUGCUCCAGUGACCUGUGUGAGCAGACCCUUUUCCUCCUGCCAGGCAGCUUGCAACAAGUUAGAAUUGUGAAAUCAGCUCCGUCCCCGCAGUGGCUGUGGAAGUGAGGCUUUUGCCAGCUUGCUUCUUUGUUUUAUCGUUGUUAACCCAGAGCGACAACUGCUGAAGAACGUGUGACCUACUCUCAUUCUAUGCUUUCAAAAGCACCUGCAAGACACAAGUAGAAAGUUCUUCUUGCUUCCCACCAAACUUCUUGUGUUUUCUGCUCUAAGCCUUUGUGUAAAAGUGUAUGAUCCCUUGAGGGAUGUAUUCAGAACCAAAGGGGUCCUUUCUGAUUAUCUGGAAAGGCUACACCUACAAGUAGGAAACCUGCAGCAAGGCAUGGUGUGCAUGUGUGUCCUCUUUGCAGCACCAGAAUUACAGGUAUAUGUAGAUGGAAGGCCAGCUCUGAGUUAAAGUGUGCUAUAAACCAGUCUGAAGUAACUCACAAAUGUCAAAAUUUGUGAUUUCAAGUCCACAGAUGCCAUUGUCUUGACUGCAAAGCCCAUCUUGUCACAGGGAAGUCAAUAACCACAUGUUUUGUUCACAUAGUUUGUUCACAUAGGUGGUGAACAAAGAAGGGAGUUAGUUUGGCAUUGAAUUAAAUCAUUCCACUGAAGUAUAUCACUGAUCUUAGGAGAGUAGGAUUUGUAGGACAACAUGCCUAUACAUUUCUUUACAUUGAUAAUAAACUGUAUUAGUGCUGAGCAUUCAUUUUCCUGAAAUGGAGGGUUCACUUUUGAAUUUGCAUUGUAAAACAGCAGAUAAAAUAAUAAAUUAAGGCUUGCAAAUAAUUAAUUUGGUGUAUUCUUAGAUUGGAAUAUUUUGACCAUGCAAUGACUUUAUCCUAUUUACAGUCAGGAUCCUAAAAGUUCCCAAAUUCACUUGUUGCAAUUUACAAUUGGUGUACAUAGAGUAGUGCCUCAGUGAUUCAUGGGGCUUACUCUGAUAUAUUCUCAAGAAGUAGCACAAGUUGCAUUGCAGAGCUGCAAGGAGAUGAAUCAGUCAUGUAUGGUUCUUUUUGGGGUCAGGGUUGUGCCAGACCUGAACAAAUGCUGACUGAUUUAAAUCCAAAAUUUUUGUGUGAUUGUCAGUUAGGUCAGUUAGGUGCUUCCUUCUUUUAAACAAAAUCAGCUUAUUUUCUCGGUUUUAGUGUGUGUUUAUUACUAAUUAGCUAAAGAGCUCAGACUGCAACAUUUGAUACUUUUUCCAAAGCAUUAGCUUCAUCUGUGAUCUGCUAUUUGAAUUGUGGAGAAGAAAACAUAUAGGUUUGAGUUCUACAUCUGAAAAGACUUGAAGCAGUAGUCUUACACAUUUUUGGAAGGAACUUUAAAGCUCGUCACAUAACGGAGCCAGCUUUGAAGCUUUUUGGAUUCCUAAAGAGAAAAAAGAUCUAUUAUCACCUAGGUGCUGAUCUUUUUCCGGACAUAAAUGAGAGCUACACACACUCAGCAUUUGAGAGUAAGAUUGCUUUGGUCAGCUGUCCACCCAUCUUUCGAUUUCUAAUUUCAGCUCCUAAAUUACCUACUAAUGUAAUUGGACGUGACUGCACUGAAGACAAUGAAGUCAUAAACACUUCUUUUGUUUGUGGGAAAUUUGAUUCUGUAGAUACAAUUUAAGAUGAAAAAAUAUAAAACAAUUCCUUUUCUUGCCAAAACAAAUAGGGUUCCCAUGUCCAUACAUAGGGCUCUCUUGUGGGGUCAUAGAAUCUUAUCAUAGAAUCACAGAAUCCCUUAGACUGGAAGGGACCUUAAAGAUCAUCUAGUUCCAACCCCCCCAUGCCAUGGACAGAGUUGCCACAAUAAUUUCCUAUUAAUAGAUAUAUCAUGCAAAAUUAAAAGAAGUACAUUCUGCUCUUAAAAUUUAUGUCAUGUUAUGUCAAGUCACGUUAUGUCCAAUUUGAAAAACCUUUUAAUAGUCACAGAGCCAAAACUAAACACAUUGUUGUCACUGUAGAAUUAGAGGUGGGGGAAUGCCCUGCUGUGUUUUCUUUGCUGAUACAGAGCGCACAAAAGUUAGCUGGGAUUUCAUUGGUAUUUACCAGAUGCCAUAAAGUACUGUAGUGUAAGAGCAUGACUUUCCCCUGUAAAGGAUUCAGCAACCUUUAGGAUUUUUUAAGUUAGUUUGUUUGCUUAAUCAAUUUGCUUAGCACUUGUGGAUUUUCAUCUAAUGUGGGAAUCAUACUUAAUUAUUAUAAAUAACCUUUGGAAAAAAAAAAAAAAUCUUUCCCUGCCUUGUUUUCCACCAUCUCUAUUUUUCUCUCCAUCUCAUCCCCAUCAAACGGAACAGUUUUGCUAAAUGCCCUAAAAUCAUUUAUAUCAACUCUGAAGACAUCUCUUAGAUAACUGAGGCAUCACUUUUUGAAAAGGCAAUUGUCCAUUUUCACAGAAAGCAAUCCAGGAAGUAUUCCAUUAAAAAGCAAAAUCUAUAUGUACUUCACCUUAACUCACCUUACCUCACCAUUUAGGAACUGGAGAGUGUUUUCAGACAGAAGUGUGCAGCCUAUGUUGCAGAAAUGCUGAAUGUAAAACAAGAGUAGGUAAAUUUGGGAACACUGAAAUAGAUUGAUGGCUUUUAAAAGCCCUUGUCUACAAAACAAAAAAAAAAGUCUCUUUUGUCACCUCUUCCUCCCAUUUCCACUCCCAGCCUUGCCAAAGCCCUAGAGAGAAAAAUGGGUGCAGUAGGAAUGAGAUGUUCUUCAGGGAUGUGAUUCCCUUUUUGUGGAUAUUUUCUUGGGAUGUUUUCUUCGGUUGGCUGAGGUUCACUGUACUCUGUAGAAAAAUUUGUAGUGAUCAAUUGAUUAAUAGCAGCCAGGUGACCCUCACAAGCAGUAAUAAAUGCAUGGGUUUUUUUUGUUGUUUUUUUGUUUUUUUCCUGUUGUGUUCAGUCACACUUGCAGUAGAAAUAAUGGACUGUACUGAGCACUUGUGCUAUACCACCUGCCAUACAUAAAUGCACUUUAUUUCCAAUAACCAAGUGGGCUAUUUUGUAGGAAGGUGCUGUGUUCUUCCUCUUGCAAGAGAAGCUGCGUUUCCUACUGACAACUUCUACUUUAAAAUGGACCAAUUGAAAGCUCUUGAUUCCGAUAAGAACUGAUGCAAAUUUUUGAGUAGUAGGUGGCUUUUUGCAUUUUGCAUGGCUGGAAUCAUUUCUGAGAAUUACAUGUACAUGUUAAACAAAUUAUUUUUUUUCUGGAAUUAAAGUUUAAGACCAAAAUAAAGUGAACAAAGCAUUAUUGAACAUUAAGUAGUGCCACGGUACACAUUCUGUGAGAAUUCAGAUCUCUUUUGCCAGCUCUAUAGGCAAAAAUCUGCUCCCCAUCCACUCCGUCUGCAGUCCUGAAGUUUCCACUCCCUUGUUAUGAAAAUCUAGCAUGAAUCAGAUGAGGGAAGCCAACUUUCACAAGGUGGUAUGGCAGUAUAUUGGUUCUCAGAUGUCCUGCUGCCAUUUAGAAGUAAUGAGGAGACCAUAAAGCUUAGGUGACCAAUAUAAAUGACUUCUGCUAUUGCACUUCUCCACUGCAGUCUGUCAGAUAGCAUGCAGAAGACUUGGAAAAAAACUAAAGAAAUCAUGCAAUUGGGCUAAAAACAUUAGGAUAUCCUUGAUGCCCUUUCUGUCAGAACCCAGGCCACAUCCUCCUCUGCUUCCAACUGUGAAGAAAAUGCAAUUUAAUUUCAGGAAACAUAGCUGAUGGGGGAUGUAUCUUGGUUUUAAGGAACAGCACAGAGCCAACUCCUCUUUUGGUGGGAUGUGAAGUCAGUCACGUCUGGCUCAAGCUGUGACCUAGCACACCACAGCUCACAAAGUGCUUACAGGGUUCUUCCACUCCCCACCUGAGGCCACCUCAGCUGCCCACACCAUGAUUUGAGGUCAGGAGCAGGUUGUGCUGGGACUACCUGCUCUAGCAACGCGUGCGUUAUCUGCAGGGCUACCAGCUGUCCGUGGCUGGUGUGUGGGGCCCAGGGCCCGCUGCAAACCUGAGUUUUAUUUCUACCCCACUAACCCUCUGCUUGCUUCUCCCUGGUGUUUGUGGUCACUGGUCGCUCGCUCUUCAGAACAUGGUGUGUCGCAAGAGGAGGGCAGGAGCUUCCCAGUAUGACUUACCAAGCGGUGGAGCCAGCCAUCUGUCAGCAAAACAGGAAGGCCCGGGUUCCCUUUCUCUCCUGGGCCUGUUUCGCUAUUUUAGGGAGUUGUACUUCUCCCCGUGUAGCGCCAGGCCGGUGUGGUCUGUAGGAAGGGCUCCUGGACGAGCGAGGGGCCCACGCCUGAGGCUGCUGUUCUGCCCAUCUGCUGCUGCCUGAGGUGUAUUCAUUAUUAAUGGAGGUAGUGGCGGUUGCUGCUCAGAUAUGCAGCCCUGCCUGGGUAAAUGAGACAUUCUUCAGCAAAUUGCUUCGUUUUUUGAUUGCUGAUUGUACGCGUGUCACCAAGCUGACUCAAGGUUCAUCGAUGCAUGCUCAGUAAAUUAGAAAGAACAUAACUAUGGAUCAACCAAGAGAAUGAAUUCUGUGCCUACAAUGACCCAGGGCCAUUUAAUUUUCUGCUUAAUUUUGUUGCAGUCAGUUUGCAUUUUGGGUUAUUAUGCAGUGGGAAAUUAACAAUAAAUAACAAAUUUGGUCCUCCUGUGCUUGUAAUGAUAUUUUUAUAAAUCUUUGUAAUGCUGUUUUUAAAAGGAUCAAGGUCUGUGCCAGUCUGAUACUCCAGCAAGUAUGCAGGGAGGAAAUAAAAAGAAAAAUACAUUAUUCUUCCCAGAUAAUCUUAUAGUUAAAUAGCAAAGGGCUUUUUUUUUUUUUUUUUCCCCCUUCUUUCUCCUUCUAUGUGUGUUUGGGGGGAGGGGAGGGGGGGUUCUUCUGUGUGUGUAUGUGUGUCUUAUUUUGCAUUAACUUAAGGCUUUUCCUCUCUUCUCAGAUAACUUGAGGAAAAUGGAAACAGAUGAGGCUCAAGAUAUGUCCCAGGUUUCAGGAAAGGAAAGUCCUCCGAUUAGUGAUGUCCCAGAUGACGCAGAUGAACCUAUGCCUGUACCAGAGGACCUUUCUACUACUACUGGAGGACAGCAGAGUGUUAAGAAUGAGAGAGUCUUGGCCGGUAAUAUUAAAAUAGAGACUCAGAGUGAUGAAGAGAAUGGGCGUGCCUGUGAAAUGAAUGGGGAAGAAUGUGCGGAGGAUUUACGAAUGCUUGAUACCUCUGGAGACAAAAUGAAUGGCUCACACAAUGGCCCAGGCAGCAAGGCUAUGUCAGGAGUUGGAGGCAUUCGACUUCCUAACGGAAAGCUAAAAUGUGAUAUCUGUGGGAUAAUUUGCAUCGGUCCCAAUGUGCUCAUGGUUCACAAACGAAGCCACACUGGAGAACGCCCUUUCCAGUGCAAUCAGUGCGGAGCCUCCUUUACGCAGAAGGGCAACCUCCUGCGCCACAUCAAGUUGCACUCGGGUGAAAAGCCCUUCAAAUGCCACCUCUGUAACUACGCCUGUCGGCGCAGGGAUGCUCUCACAGGCCACUUGCGGACUCACUCGGUUGGCAAACCCCAUAAGUGUGGAUACUGUGGUCGCAGCUAUAAGCAGCGCAGCUCUUUGGAAGAACAUAAAGAACGCUGUCAUAACUACCUGCAAACCAUGACUAUCUCAAGCAACCUUUAUUCAGUCAUAAAAGAGGAAACUAACCAGAGUGAAAUGGCUGAAGACCUGUGCAAGAUAGGGUCAGAAAGAUCCCUCGUGCUGGAUAGACUAGCAAGUAACGUCGCCAAACGUAAGAGCUCUAUGCCUCAGAAAUUUGUUGGUGAGAAGUGUCUAUCCGAUCUUCCAUAUGAUGCCACCACCAACUAUGAGAAGGAGAACGAGAUAAUGCAGACCCAUGUCAUAGACCAGGCCAUUAACAAUGCCAUCAGUUACCUGGGGGCAGAGUCAUUGCGUCCCCUUGUCCAGACUCCACCGGUUGGUUCUGAAGUGGUGCCCGUCAUCAGCCCCAUGUAUCAGCUCCACAAACCUCUUGGGGACAAUCAGACUCGCUCCAACCAUACGGCUCAGGACAGCGCAGUAGAAAACUUGUUGCUGCUCUCCAAAGCUAAAUCAGUCUCCUCUGAACGGGAUGCCUCUCCCAGCAACAGCUGCCAAGACUCAACAGAUACGGAGAGCAAUAACGAGGAACGCAGUGGUUUAAUUUACUUAACAAACCACAUAGGUCCCCAUGCAAGAAACGGCAUAUCUAUAAAAGAAGAAAGCAGGCAGUAUGAUGUCUUAAGGGCAGGUACUGAGAAUUCCCAGGAUGCUUUCAAAGUGAUCAGCAGCAAUGGGGAGCAAGUGAGAGUUUACAAGUGCGAACACUGUCGAGUCCUUUUCUUGGAUCAUGUGAUGUAUACAAUCCAUAUGGGCUGCCAUGGGUUCCGCGACCCUUUUGAAUGCAACAUGUGCGGCUACCACAGCCAGGACAGGUAUGAAUUUUCUUCCCACAUAACUCGAGGAGAGCACCGUUUCCACAUGAGUUAAAACUCCUCGGGCACGGGUCCAGUCUCAACAACUACAUUACUGCAGCUACACAAGCAACAACAGCAACAAAGCACAAGACUAGUGGACAGUAAAAGUACAAGAAAAUCAAAAAUUCAGAUAUAUUCUCCCACAAGGAAAGAUUUUUCUUUUGGUAGCAUGUGUUGCAACUCAGUUUUCUAAAGUGAAUAUUAAAGUUUUUACUGAAAGCAUUUGAUCACGAAAACCUUUAGUAAUGUAUGUAGGAGCUUUUGUAGUCAGAUAGCUGAAAGUCCUUUCCUUAACUGAUGCUUCUUGCAACCCUCCCUUGCCAAAACCGCUACCCAUGCACCGAAUGCACAACAUGGAUGUGAACAUGAGACAGGAAUGGCCUAGCUUUCUCUCUUAACACCCUGAGCACAGGGUUCAUACACCAGAUGCGUUUUUUUAACUUCCUGGUUUUAUUUGACUCAUACGGAAAGAUUAAACUCAACUAAAGAUUGAGGGGCCCAGCCAUCCCAGUUGACUUUGUAGACAGCUGGGUUGGGACUGGAACCCAACCAGAGGGUCCAGGGUUACUUUGGCAGUAAAAAGUAGAACAUUUCCACCUGCAAGGGUGCUGUUGGAAUUGACAUCGUGGCAUGCCUUGUUUGUGUCACUAGGCAUGCGAGCAGGUAUGUGAAGAUAUAAGAAACACCCUUGUAAUAUACUCUGUGAAGUAUAAAUUGCAUUUAAUGUAUAGAAAAGAAUAUUGAUGGCUCUUCCUUCAACAAGUGUUUUCUCUCCCUAUUCAAUAGAACCCCACUUACUGUUAAGAAACUCCUCCUCUCUCUGCAGAAACAAGUUACAAUGUAUUUAAUUUUUCUUUUUUGAGUUUUAGUUAUUUAGAAAAGUAUAAUGUACAGUCGAGAAAAGCACUAGCUAGAAAUACAUGUGGGGAAAAUUCUCCUUAUGCACAUUUCUCAUUUUUUUUAUACUGUCUGGAAAAUACCCAAAUAUCCCUAUAUUUUACCUUUGAAAAAUUCCCAUUUUGCUUCCACAGAUGACGUCUUGCAGAUUUUGUGGCUCUAUUUGUGUUGUACUUAAUUAUUUGUAAAACACCGAGCUGAAUUAAACCAGCUAGUCAACAUUUGUAGCCUACUUCCUCUUUCCUGGUAUGUGCUAUUUAAGGAGGGACCAAUCCCUCAGUGUUAGCCUCUUUGCAAAGGUGCUAAGUACCUUGGCUUCUUGAUCAGCAAGGCAUUCAGAACGCACUUGGAGCUAAUGUUAGGGUUAAAGAAAACCUGGUGUUUUGCUGAAAAGAGAGCAGAGAAUGCAGUACUUUGCAAAGUCCAGGAAAUUCACCACAGCUUUCUCCAUGGUGGAUUCUCCUGCAGAUAUUGUAACUUCAGUUACAAUAAAAACUCCUCCAAGAAACCUUUGUAACCCCAAUCACAGCUGAUAUGAAAAAGUACUUUAAAAAACUGAAGUUCCUUUUCCAAAUAGUUCAUUCCUCUCCAUAAACACCCUCGUAAUAUGAAAUUGAUCUGAAAUGAAAAUUUUACAGCUGCACAAAAAACUCUAAUUGGUGCUGCAAUAUUUUCUAGGCAUCAUUCAUAAAAACAACCUACCCAAUUAACUGAAUGUUUAAAUACUUUCAUUCCUUAUAAUAAAUGUAUAUUCUCCACUUAAAAAAAAAAAAAUAAUGUAGCUAACAAGUCUAGCUGUCUUGUUAUACAGUUGCACGUUCUCUCACAAGUGCAUGCAAGCACAUAUGUGCAUUAUAAAAGAGAUUUGAUGGAACCAUGAACACUUGUACCUAGGGCAAUUUGGCCUGGUAUGCAUAGUUAUAUUUAAUACACAGUUCUAUCAUGGACACCCAGUUCCUCCUUCUGCUUUCACUUUUGCAGGUGUAAGUCAGGAGCAAUACCACAGAAGUUAGAGGAAAAACACUGAUGAAAUAAUGAAUUACAAAUACAUUCUUUUACACUCUUCAUAUGCUGGGUCUGCACACCCAUGGUCGGACACAUGCACAGUAGUAUUUUUACACUGUGUGUCCAUGUAAGUAUUCAUGAUGAGUAGCUGUAUUACCAGAAGUGAAUGCUGUGUAGAGAUGUCCAUAUGCUGAUGCACACACCUACAAAAGUGAAAACAAAACAUAUAGUACAUUUCAGGUAGUAAAAGCACGUACAGAAUGUCCAGCAUCCCCCUCCCAAACAUUAGUAACGUAAUGUACAGGUGCAAAGCUGAGCACUCCCAGCACCCUAUUUUAGCUUAGUCAUGAGACCUGGCUGCUUGACAUCUUACAGCCCAAGCUGGCUGCAGGCACUAAAAGAUCAUGGGCCAAUUUCAGGCCACAAGUGUGGGUUUUGUCAGCACAUCUGUUACACGUUCAGUUUCAAGAAAACCUACAUGUGGCAAAAAGGUAAAAGGUACCAUCACUUAUGUACUUUGUGUAGGGAUGACCUGAAGAAGACCUUCAAGGGAGAAGCUUACAUUGAUGAUGGUUUCAUUUGUUUUUGUUGUAAUUGGGAUUUCAAUAAAGUUCAAGAGGGCUCAUUUUUUCUGUAGUUGUUUGGCAUAUCUAUUCACCCACUCUUGCUCCUUUCAACCUUCAACUGAUCCAGACUAAGAAGGGACAAAGUAAUUUCUUAGCUUUUUUAUGUCAUUUGUGUAGAGCUAUGACUCUUACGCUAUUUUUGGCCAUUAUACACCCCAUGUCAUCAUUUUCUUAACUCUUCAUUUUAAGGCACCCCAAGCUCUAAAAGAGGAGGUGACAAAAGCUUACUCAGGUGGUUUCUUUUUUCUUUUUUUUCUUUUUUUCUUUUUUCUAUUUUACUAAGAUCCAAUACAAAUAAAGCAAUGUUCAUUAACCAUAUAAGCAAGCACAGUUCCAGCUUUCCAGCUGAAUUCAAAACUUCAUUGGACUUAGCUUUAUUAAAUAUGAUUUCUGACCAAGCUCACUGCCUUUGCAACAUUUCUGUGUACACAUGUGUGUGUAUGAAUUUCUAUGCUACUUUUCUUCUCAACAGGCACACUCUCUAUUCAUACUUUUGUGUAUCAUGAAUUUUAUAUACAUAUAUAUGUGUAUAUAUAUCUAAAAUGGUUCCUAUCACAUAAUGAUGCACUGUCAAUCACAGUGGGUUUCUUUCCUGCGUACGGAGUUUCUUUAUUUGUACUAUAACAGAACAUGUUGAUGUUGUAUAUUAAACAGUACAGUGGUAUAAGUAAUAUUAAGAUAUGGUGUAUCAGAGGGCAUAGUCAAAAGGCAGGGGCAAACAGCAUUUCCCGUUCAUGAAGGGGAUUUGGGGGGUUAUUUUUUGGAUUGUUUUUGCACAAAUCAUCUUCAAUUUGUUUAGAACCAAAUGUUUCAAUAAUUUUAUUGUACAUGAAAGGAAGGCAUGAAAGUAGGAUGCUGUGUACAUACAUCUAAACAAACUGUGCCCUCAGAAAACUAGCUUAGUGUAAUCUCCCUUUUUUCUCUGCUUUGCUGUGGUGCAAUAACCUAAUGUGGUUUAACAGAGCUGAGAAAAAGAGUAAAUAUGGUGAAUGGCUUUAAGUUUAUACCUGUGUGGGGAAAAAAAAAAAAAAAAA